AUGACCCACGACGCCGUUUGGUUCUCUCGUCCUAGAAAGUAUGGAAAGGGUGCCCGCCAGUGUCGCCUCUGUGCGCACCAGGCUGGUCUCAUCCGCAAGUACGGCCUUGACUUGUGCCGUCAGUGCUUCCGCGAAAAGUCGGCUGCCAUCGGUUUCGUCAAGAACCGGUGA